GCGGUUUGUGGAUGCAAUGAAGCGCGGAGAAUGUUGUAGAGCUUGGCCGUAUCAAGUCAUAAGAACUCCAUGGGCAGAGAGAGUCAGUGGAAGACGGGCGGCCCCAUGGAGGAGGGAGGGGCAGAGAGCAUGUUUUAGGUAGAAAGAGUCGCCCAACAACGGUGGAAGAAGUUUGAAUCUCAACACAACUCCCAUGAAAGCUGACGUCUUGUUCGUGUGUUCUCCUACUAGAGUCCUAUUUGAUAUCUCAUGAAUUCGGGUCUAGAAUCCUCGUGGCACCGAAAGGCUAGCACGACUUAUCGCCCCCAUGGACGUCACACUUCCGGUGAAGUUACAAAAGAUGAGCAACAUCCAUUGCUCCGGGCAUCCUGUGGUUGGGUGGGGAGGGAGGCGAGGAGGACCAACAUUCUAAUCUGGGCAAAAUUGUAUGGCAAUUAAACUUUAUCACCCGGUGUCGGCUGCAUCUUUCUUCCAUCCAACGAUCGCCUAGAACCUGUGAGACAGAAGGACAAUAGUAGGGGCAAGCUUACAAAAGAUGAUCCAUGGCACUCAUGACAUGCAGAUGACAGAAGUUCCUGGAGGCUUCCAUGACCCACCACCUCAUCUACACCUGGCCAUGGUUUCUCUUCCCAAGCGAUCCUGGAAAGCUGGUGUGAUCGCUCGACAAGGAUGCAACGUGAAUCAACAAAAUUCGCAACAGAGCUGUUUGGACAUCCUCUGCUUCCGUUUCACAAAUUUUUUUCCCUGGUCAACUCUUGUGCCCCACAUGCUACACAUGUGGAUACCACACUCCGUGUUCGGUUGCGUAACUUGCACUGAAUUUCAUUUUUCCAUGUCAUCUGAUAUGAAUCUCGGCCAGAUGUUGGGUAGCCAGUAGAGGUGGGGUGGGGACACAGCAGCUUCUGUAUGUCAUGCUUCACAGACUGCAAUGGAAACGAAAAUUCCUACGUAAGCAUUAAGUUCAUGACACCUUUUUUCAAAAUUCCUGGCAAACAGCCGAAACGAAGUUUACACAAGAGGGCAGUGCUUGCGACACAUUGAGCUCUACACAAUCCUAUCUGCUGAAAAUCAACAAAUCCGAAUGAUGACGAGCGAACCACUUUCUUUUUAGAAAAGUCACAACACGACAUAAGGAUGAAGUCGAUAGGACUAUGUCGACCCUGUGAAAUUCUUCACUGUCGAUCAGUUUCUUCAUUGAACAACCGCCAUUAAGAGAAGGUUUACCUGUGUUUAAUUUUUAGUUUAUUGAGGGAGUUGGGCUCUACGUCUAGGGUUUAUUUGUAACACUCGAAAAUAUCUCAGCAGCCAGAUUUAUCGCAUGAUAUUGUAUCAUGCGAUGGUAUUUUUCUAUGAUUAAAGGUUUCAUGUCAAGC